GAAGAACGAUAGUGGACAACCGGAAUGACCAGCAUUCCUACGGUAUUUUAGCCAAUGAUUGGCUGGAUGUGCUAACGGCUUUUAAAAACGGGACUUCGAGACAAUUGAUGGAGCAAAAUAUGAGUGUCGAGGUGCCGCUGGAGGAGCAGCCAAAGGCGUGGGCGCGCGUGCCGUGCACGUCAUGUCAGCGAAGCUAUAAAUUCUACUGUCCUAAAUGCAACAUCACGCUGGGAGUUCCCGAGAACGUGACGGUACCAGCGCUCAAGCUGCCGCUGCAGGUGCACGUGUGGUUCCAGGACAAGAUCAAGAAGAGCACGGCACCACACGCUAAAGUGCUAGCCCCACAGGACGUGCAGAUCGUGCCUUACCCAGCAGCGAAAGGUGGAGAUGUACUGCCAACUUAUACGCGUGAGAACGCUGUGGUGGUGUAUCCGUCCUUUGAGGCCGAAACGCUAGAGCAGAUUAACGCUGAGGAGCUCCGAGAUAUCCGCACACUUAUUUUCAUUGACUGCCCGUGGCAGAAAGCACCCGUGAUCAUGACAGAUCCAGCAAUUGCUGACUUGCGCCACGUGAAACUAGCUCGGCCACCGAAGGAGAGCAAUUUUUGGCGCUACCACAAAGCUGGAGCAGGAUGCGUCUCCACGAUUGAAGCUAUCCAACUGAUGCUGGAGGAAUACACUAUUGCCGCGAAGAAGGCAAAGAUCGCAUUGCCAGAGGGCUCGGAGGAUGCACAGCUGUCGGACUUGCUGUUCUUCUUCAAGCUGCAGUUCUCUCGUAUUGUUGAGCACUUUGAAACUGAAGCAGAUCCGGAGCGUAAGCCACCGAUGGAUGCCAACGAGAAGGAGCGUCGUCGCUUGAUGUACAGUCAGAAGGAGAAGGGAAAGAAACGACGGCUCGAGAACAAAUUGCAGGCGUGGGAAGCACGCUCCAAGGCGAUCCAAGCAGGCGAACAGCCGCCGGUCACGACGCAGAGCAAGCGCCAUCGUCGGUGCUACAACUGCAAGAAGGAUGACCACCACUCGAAAGACUGCCCGCAGCCGUGCCGCUACUGCAAGCAGGUCGGUCACUUCAGCGCCAAUUGCAGCAUGAAACAGGCCGCGUAUGAACGCGAGAUGAAGUUCCAGCAAACACCGCGUACGAAGGCCUUGUAAUGAGAUAUAAUUCACGACAGCAACAACAUGUACAUGUUGUAUCCAUGUUCAACACUGUAGCCAUUUUGAACUCAGAUGUAGCAGUGGUACCUUUGAUAAAGUAUUGCAGUGA